AUGGAGAAGAAACAAUGCUGCACAGCUGCAGCAUUGCACGUCAUCCGUAUCUCUUGUGGACGUCCCAAUCACUCCCAUAUAAAAGGGGUCUCUAAAGCCAAAGAUGCAUGGGACAUUCUCUAUGAGACCUACAAUAACAAUGCGCCGGCCUCUGCACCGGCUUCUCCCCCAGAGUUAACGGAGGUAGAAGAAUUAGAGAUGAGUAAUAUGCUCAAGGCCAUAGCUGAAAACAACUGGUUGGCUGCGAAAGCAUUCAUUGAUCGCUAUCCUCAGGUAUUGGACGUAGAUUUUGCGAAGUCAAUGGGCGAAACACCUCUUCACGUGGCUGCAAAAUUUGGGCAUCUGGGCAUAGUAGAGGAGCUGGUGAGAUUAGCUCCAGAAGAAUAUCUGGAGAUACGCGAUGCUUACUGGGGCAAUACUCCGCUUGCAAUGGCUGCUUCACACAGUGAACUUAUCCCAGUUGCAGCAUGCUUGAUCAGCAAAAAUAAAAAGCCACUUGAAAUUCCAACUGAUAAUAACGCUUGGGAGAUUCCGGCUAACUCGGCUUUUUAUUCUGGCCGAAAGAAAAUGGGACGUUAUCUUUAUUCUGUCACUCCUUGGGAAGUCUUCAGACCAGACAACGGCAGUACUGUGGGGCCCCUUUUUCUCCAAAUCUGUUUGAAACUUGGAGAAUUAGGUAGCAUAACUACUUUUAGAUAA